AUGCCGGUGGCGCUGGGCUGCAUCUGGGCGGGAUGUUUGCUGCAAUUGCUGCUCGCCCCGGCUGUUGUCUACGUCAUCGGACAGUCGUUGGGCGCAAGCCGCAGCGGUUCCAACAAGAAGAAGACCCGGAAGUCACGCCUUAUCUUCAAGGUCGACGAUGUGCCCAGGAUCUUGAAGCUAGACAUGCGAGUUUCGAAAACCUUCCAAGCUAUAUCCACUGCCUUCGACAAGACCAACAGCCUGCUGUCCUGGAAAAACCCUAGCACCACCCUGUGCCUGCUGCUGACACUGUUGGCGCUGAUUCUGCUUGCCUUCUGGCAGGGCCAGGGCUUUGCUUUGCAGGUCACAGUCACCUCGAUCCUGCUGAAGCUGUUCGUGGCCGACCAGCUGUUCCACCGGUUCCCCGAGAUGGCGGCCAAGUACGACCUGAUCGGCCGUGCCUGGGACCAGCUCCCCGUGCACCCCGUGGAGAACUCCGAACGCCGCAAGAGUCGCGGAUAGAACGCUGCAGUUCACGCGGCGCCUAGUAGCCUCUCGUUUCGUGUCAACAAGCGGCCGACAGCUGGAGGCCAGGCGUGAAGCGCCAGCUCUGCAGGAAUUCUCUCCUAAGACAAACCACCUCGAGGACUCUCCGUUACGACUGGCUUCGUGCCUCGUCGUCGCCUUUUUGCCAGCUCGCCACCCUCGCUGUAGGGAAUGACGUCCCCCAAUGGAGCACUUGAGCAGUCGCCUUUGUCGCGCUCGCCACUGGGCCGGGCGCUCGUCAGCAUUCCGCCGAGGCUGGAGCAGCGAUGGCUAUGCGACCCUGCUUGUAUCUUGAGACAAGUCCUCAAAGGGGGCACAUGUGUACAGUAAAGUUUGGUAA